UGUAAGGCAUGUCUUCGCAGUUAUCAUCAAAAGUGUUCGUCACUGAAGAGAAGUCCGUCGGCUGUCGACAACCGGUUGUGUCCCGAAUGUACGGACAUAAUGAAGGCCGAGGAGGAGACCAAUCGGUCGGGUUGUAUGCAAUGGUUGAACGGAAAUGUCGACGAUUUGUCGGAACUGUUGAAGUAUACGAUCGAAACGGUGAGAGCGGCCGACAAGAACUGUUCCUUCUAUGAACCCGUUUCCACACAACUAUACCCCGAAUACCGCAAUCUAAUCGUCAAUCCAAUGGAUUUGAGUCAAGUCGACAGUAAUAUCAAAAACAAAACCUAUGCCUCGACUAACAGUUUCUUAGCCGACAUUAAAUGGAUUUUUCACAAUUGCAUUGUCUUUAACUCCGGAGUAAAUAACGCAUUGAUCUCUGAAGUGAAGAAUAUCUUAAGAGUGGCCAAACAGGAGUGCGAAGAGAUCGAGAUCUGUCCGGACUGUUACUACAACUAUUACACUAUGGAAGAGGACAACUACUUCUCGGCGGUGUGUCGUCGACCGCAUGCCAUCGUUUGGGCCAAACUUAAAGGCCAUCCCUAUUGGCCCGCAAAAGUGAUUCGUUAUAAUGAGGUCAGAAACGAAGUGGACGUUCGCUUUUUCGGAACCCAUGAUAAAUGUUGGCUGAAACCCGAGAAGUGUUUUAUGAUAUCUCAGAAUUACCCGAAUAACAAGAAGCCGACGAAAUUCGAUCAAAACAAAUUCGAUGAAGCGAUUCGAGACAUGAAUCGACACGUGGAUCAGUUGGAGGAGAAACACGCCGGUAAGUUCUCCUUCCACGACAAACACGUGGUCUUCACUGUCGAUCAGUUGUACUUAAAUGAGAACCCAAUGGCCACUCAACGAGCCGUUGAAUUUGAUUCACACGACAAACUCAAUGGCCAUAAGAAAGUGUUGAACUCUUAUAACGGAAUCGCAUACAAGACACUGAAAGUGAAGACAUCGAAAUUCGAUGUCAGGAAUCAUUUGAAGGACUGUCACGACAGCGCAGAAGAACACAAAUCGCCACCAAUUAAGCGCUUUAAACACAAUGAACUCAAUGUAUCGACAAAAGCACAAACAAAUCGAUGUCUUUCCCAAUCGAUUGGCGUUCGACAAGAAUUAAAUUCUUCCAUCGAAUCCGACAACUCUUUGUUUGAGUCAAGGAAUGACUUGAAAUCGGACUCACAUUUCGAUUCCAAUGCUAACAAUUGCAAAGAUUUGGACGAAAAUAAUCGACGCUUUUCUUUCACUCACAAAGACGACAUCCAAUCAAACCAUUCCUCAUCCUCUGUAUUAUCCAAAUCCAAGACAUACACCGUUUCUGGAAAGUCAUCGGAAAUUAUAAAUAUUGACAAAUCAGUGGCUAUUGAAUCGAAUAGCAUUGAAAUGGAUUGUAAUAUUGGCUCAAAUAAGUCGAAAACAUCCCUUUCUAGUCCAUCAAAGGAUAUCAAUUUGAUCUCAAAUACGUUCUAUCGAAAACUGGAGGAAGAGAACAAUGAGAUCAACAUUAAGAUGAGUGCUUUGGAAGAGGAGAACGAAGACUAUAAGCGGACAAACGAGGAGUUCGAGAAAAGCAUUGAUGAAAUCAAACGCAAGCAGUGCCAUACUGCCGUGUUGUUGGAAUACGUGCUAUUGUACGGUCGAGUGUCAGCACAAGCAUUGGAGCCUACAUUCAAAGACAUGCCGUCGACGACAACCUAAAUGAACAUUAUUUUAAACGCUUUUACCGUUCCUCACACUUUGGUUCAAAA